CUGAUUCCCAGAAAAAUACCUCAUUGUAUAUUCUUCUUUUCUCUCCUGUGUAAGAAAAGUGUUUGGGUCAUUCAUAAAAUAUUCUGUUCCAGAUACUGGAGGACAAAAUAAUCACUUUUGUGAAGAAUGAGCUGAAGAAGAUCCAGAGAGACUUGAGUCCAGAUGACCUACAAUGUUUUAAGAGUCAAUGUGAUUAUGAGGAUGUAUUACAGAGUGUGGAUGAAGAACAGAGGAAGAGCAGCAGAGAAGCAUUUGUCACCAUUACAGUGGACUUCCUGAAGAGAAUGAAGCAGAAUACGGUUGCUGAACGUUUGCUGAGAAGAACCUUCACUAGGAACUUGCAGUGGCAUCAGCAUGAAUUUAAAUCUGCACUGAAGAAGAAGUUCCAGUGUGUGUUUGAGGGGAUCGCUAAAGCAGGAAACCCAACCCUCCUGAAUCAGAUCUACACAGAGCUCUACAUCACAGAGGGAGGGACAGCAAAGGUCAAUGAUGAACAUGAGGUCAGACAGAUUGAAACAGCAUCCAUUAAAACAGACAGUCUAGAAGCAAUAAUCACACAAGAAGACAUCUUUAAAGCCUCACCUGGAAGAGAUGAACCAGUCAGAACAGUGGUGACAAAGGGAAUGGCUGGCAUUGGGAAAACAGUCUUAACACGGAAAUACACCCUCGACUGGGCUGAAGACAAAGCCAACCAGGACAUCCAGUUCAUAUUUCCAUUCACUUUCAGAGAGCUGAAUGUGGUGAAAGAGGUAAAGUUCAGCUUGGUGGAACUUGUUCAUCAUUUCUUUACUGAAACCAAAGAAGCAGGAAUCUGCAGCUUUGAAGACUUCCAGGUUCUGUUCAUCUUUGAUGGUCUGGAUGAGUGCCGACUUCCUCUUGACUUCCACAAAACUACAAUCCUAACUGACCCUAGAAAGUCCAGCUCAGUGGAUGUGCUGCUGAUAAACCUCAUCAGGGGGAACCUGCUUCCCUCUGCUCGUCUUUGGAUAACCACACGACCUGCAGCAGCCAAUCAGAUUCCUAUUGACUGUGUCAGCAUGGUGACAGAAGUCAGAGGGUUCACUGACCCACAGAAGGAGGAGUACUUCAGGAAGAGAUUUAGAGAUAAGAAGCAGAUCAGCACCAUCAUCUCCCACAUCAAGACAUCACGAAGCCUCCACAUCAUGUGCCACAUCCCAGUCUUCUGCUGGAUCACUGCUACAGUUCUGGAGGAUGUGCUGAAAACCAGAGAGGAAGGACAGCUGCCCAAGACCCUGACUGAGAUGUACAUCCACUUCUUGGUGGUUCAGGCCAAAGUGAAGAAGGUCAAGUAUGAUGGAGGAGCUGAGACAGAUCCACACUGGAGUCCAGAGAGCAGGAAGAUGAUUGAGUCCUUGGGAAAACUGGCUUUUGAUCAUCUGCAGAAAGGAAACCUGAUCUUCUAUGAAUCAGACCUGACAGAGUAUGGCAUCGAUAUCAGAGCAGCCUCAGUGUACUCAGGAGUGUUCACACAGAUCUUUAAAGAGGAGAGAGUACUGUACCAAGACAAGGUGUACUGCUUCAUCCAUCUGAGUGUUCAGGAGUUUCUGGCUUCUCUUCAUGUCCAUCUGACCUUCAUCAACUCUGGACUCAAUCUGCUGGAAGAAGAACAAACAACAUCCCAGAAGUCUGAAAUAAGAGAAUCUGCAGGGAAACACUUCUACCAGAGUGCUGUGAACAAGGCCUUACAGAGUCCAAAUGGACACCUGGACUUGUUCCUCCGCUUCCUCCUGGGUCUUUCACUGCAGACCAAUCAGAUUCUCCUACAAGGCCUGCUGACCCAGACAGGAAGUAGCUCCCAGGCCAAUCAGGAAACAGUCCAGUACAUCAAGGAGAAGCUCAGUGAGAAUCUGUCUGCAGAGAAAAGCAUCAAUCUGUUCCACUGUCUGAAUGAACUGAAUGAUUGUUCUCUAGUGGAGGAGAUCCAACAGUCCCUGAGUUCAGGAAGUCUCUCCACAGAUAAACUGUCUCCUGCUCAGUGGUCAGCUCUGGUCUUCAUCUUACUGUCAUCACAAAAAGAUCUGGAUGUGUUUGACCUGAAGAAAUACUCCGCUUCAGAGAAGGCUCUUUUGAGGCUGCUGCCAGUGGUCAAAGCCUCCAACAAAGCUCUGUAA